AUGACCAAGCUGUGCACAGGACCCUUCACCUCCACCGCGCGCCUUGGCACUCAUAAAGCUACACCACCUCUCAAUAAGAUCACCUUAAAGACAGAGCCACCCAUCAUAACUCUGCUUAUCAACAUUUCCAGCUCAAGACCGAUCAACUCUCAAGUCCAAUCCAUGGCUCCCCAAAACCGCCACCACAAUCUCCUCAGGCAGAUCGAAUAUCGCUCGUUUGUAAAGACCAUCGAGAUUUACCACUUCCCUCACCACCUCUUCUCGGUAUCUCAAUUCGAGGCACUCUGCAACACCACAGUCCCCGGUUUCGUCCGCCGUCUAGAAUCGACGGACACUCUGUGCAACUACAAUGGUUCAGAGAAGAACCUUGUACCGGAUGGUGACGAUGUUCCCAUCGGCUUCACUGAGGAAACCUAUCUGUGGAACGUCUUCCGAGAUCAAGGCAGUGCUCUGGGCUUUCGCCUUCUGGACGAGGACCGCAUCGAGUGGGUGCUUUUCGACGCGCUGAUCGAUGAUGUCCUCUCCAACGCGACCGUGGAUAACGGGGUGCCCAUGUUCGACCAUGUGGCAGUGUUGGAGUGUGGUGACUCAAGCCGAAGCUGGAAAGGCACAGUAAUGGGUAACCUGGAACAUCGAGACUGGUAUAGGGGCCUGGCGGCUGCCGAGAGGCCUAUACUACCGCUCGGUCGUGUGGAGGCCAAUCGUGCAGCUCACGAUCGGAUCAAGACGCACCGCGCUCAGGCUGCUCAGGCUGCUCAAAAGGCCGACGCUAAUUCGCGCGAGAGUAGUGAGUGA